AGCUGCUUUGCCUCCUACCGAAAAUGCGAACUUAAUUCAAAAUUAAAAUAGGGGUGUUUCCUACUUGUAUUAAGUGUUCCAAUGUAAUUAUGAAAUUAAUAGCAAAUAGGUCGCAAAAUAAUUCUAUAGCCCCAUUUCUAACAUCACAUUCAGUUUUCGUCUUAGUUUUUAGGACUAAAUUUAAGGUUAUGUAGCUGCUAAGAAAAUAAAUGUAUAUCUUUCGUUUUAACCUUAAGAGAAUAUCCGUAUGGAUACUAAUAUUAUGCCAAUUGUUCCUAAUAAUAAUUUACUUAUAUUCACAAUUGAAACCUAAUUCGAAAACCCCCGAAAAUGGCGUAAGAUUUCUAAAAAGUGAGGAGGAUUUAGGAGACACUCAAAUGACAUAUCAUGUACUGAAAAGCAAUAUCAUAUUAAAAACCGUUAAUACCAGACAGAGCUAUAUUGAUUUUAACUCUAGUUUAUGUUUUAAAAAUGGUACAGACUUAGAAUCUAUGAAAAUAUCCCAAGGGGUAAAUUGGAAAUGCACUUGUCUUCCUGGUUGGCAUGGAAAUGAUUGUGGUAUACCUGAGGUAAUGUGGAGAGCCGUUAUAGCAAGUAAAAAGCCUUACAAAAUUAAAGGACCUAGAACAUUUGAAAGGAGAUUGAUAUAUCUGUUCAAAGUCAAUAAAUUUUCGGAAUAUUUGGCAGAUAUGAGAAUUAAUGAUUUAGGCACAGUAGUAGACCUUUUUAUUCUAUAUGAAGACGAAGACUCAAAUUUUCUUCAAAACAAAUUAGACAGUAAUUUUUGUAAGGAAUACCAAAACAAAAUCCUCUACAUCCAAGAUGAUGGUGAGAAUUUAUGGAAAAAGGUUAAAAACUAUUUAAAGAACAUAAGAAAUGAUGACAUAAUUCUUUCUAGUGAUAUAAACGAACUGCCUAACAAAGAUGCCCUAGUUUUCUUAAAAUUCCACGAUCAUUGGCCACAGCCUAUAAAAUUUAGAUAUAGAUGGUCUGUUUUUGGAUUUUUCUGGAAACAUCCUGGUAAAACCAUCACAGGAGGAGGUGCAUCAACUGUCUCUUUUCUCAAGGAAUCCUUUAAUAAUAAAGUUAAGCUACUUAUAGAUAACAAAACACUUUCUAGUCCAGCAUAUAAAGGUCUAACCUUGGGAGAUCUAAACCACUUUGGGGGAUGGUACUGUGAAUACUGCAAUGAUCCUGCCAAAAUUGUAGAGUUUUUAGCGACUAAGCCGAAAAAUGUGAUAAACUGGGAUAAAAUAGAUCACCAAAAAGUAGAUAAUAGUUAUAUAGAAGAUCUUAUUGAGAACGGAGUGUAUAUAGAUGGGAAAACCGAGCUUACGAGAGCACACAAGUACCAGGAUAAUUAUUUUGCACCAAAAUUUGUACUGGAACAUGACUGGAAGUAUGAUUUUCUACUUAUUAAUUUUUAUUCAAAGGCAGAUUAUUAUGAUAUUUAAUUAUUCUUUUCGUUUUCUGUUUGUAUAGGUUUGAGAGCAACUUGAUAAGCUUUUUAUGACUUUUAUUCACUUACAGUCACAUUACAUAAACCUAUUGGUGCUUUUCGAAUGCCUUGGCAUUUAUCAGUAUAGUAUGCCUAGCUUCUGAAGAUUGC